AUGGCCGUUCGCGUCACGGGACGACGAAGUGGCUCCGGUCAGCAUGUGCCCCAAGCCGCAAAUGAAUCGGAGCUUGAAGCCAAGCUCAGGCAAGCCCGAGCGAAGAUCGGUGACCCGGAUGCAGGAGCGUUUUCGGUGCCGGUGCCGGCUUCAUCGACUUCCAUCCAACUUCCGCACGGAGCACUCAACGUCCGCCGCGAAAAUAACUUCUUCGCUGUGCGCUCGGCAACGCAGGCUACGCAACCACGUGCGGCUUCUCCGUGCAGUCAGCAGGUCCAGCAAUGCCCUCUGCAGCAGGUCCCCUUCACAGCAGCACAGAUGGUGCAGCCACGGCAUGGCGCCGUGUCUCCAACGGCAUCGCAGGGCCCACUUCAACGCGCACCUCGCCUAAGCUGGCCUCCGAGUUCACAAGGGCACCCGAGUGUUCCCAGCACGCCUUGCACUCCCAGUCCCAAGCCAUUGCCUUGCCAGGGUUCUCAGACCAGCAGGACCUCGCGGGAAGGCGCACCUACACGGCUCGCCUCCAGUCAGCUAGGUGCCAUGAGUCCAUCACGGCCAGCGGUCCAGGGCCAGGGCAUGCUGUCAAGCCCUCCCAGCCGCUCCGAUAUCCUCAGCGAUGGAAGCGAGGUGCCCAGUCGGAAGACAUUGCCUUCCGGCGUGAGACUUCAGGUGAGCACGCAAGAGGACGCGCAGCACGGACUGCAGGUCCAGAGUGUCAUGGUGACGAAAAGAAGUGAGAGAAGCGCCGAGGAUUUGCAGAAGGAAGUUGCCGUGCUUACGAACCUCCUUCAUCAGGAGCGCCGGCAAGCCAACGAUGCAUUCAACAAGCUCCACAACAAGUGGUCUUGCGACCUUCGUGCCAACGAGGACUUCAUCAAGUACUUGCACAACGAGAAAGAUCGGAUGCAACAAAAGCUGGAGGGCCUUGAGAAUGAGCGCAAGGGUGUCAUUGCCCAGUGGCAGCAGCUUGUGGCCGAGAACGAGGACUUGCGGAAGGAGCUGCGAACCAAGAACAGGCAGCUGGAGGGUGAGAACAGUGACUUGAAAGAGGCGCUGACAAGGCUUCAGAGCAGGCUUGAGGAGUUGAACAGCUUCGAGCACUUUGCUGGUGGUGAGCUUGAAGAUGCGAAGGCCAAGGUAGCUGACAUGGCAGAUGAGCUUGCGGCAGCGCAGAACCAGGUGGCCAAGUUGCAAAAGGAAAAUGCCUCGUUGCAGAAGCAGGUAGAAGUCCAGCGCAAGCUGCGUGAGGAUGAGCAGAAAGCCUCCGAGGAAAAGAACCGCCGCUGGGCUCGGGAGUGCAGCGGCGUUGGAGCUGGCACGGGAGAGGAAGCUGCGCAGUCUCCCACGCCGGAGCUUGCGACCUCCUCGGAAAACCGUUUGAAGAUGGCGAUGAUCGAUUCGUCAUCUUCUUCGACUCAACUGAAAGAUGCCAUUUCCGCCGUGGAGUCUUUGCUUGGCGAGGCGAAACGCGAGCUGAAGAACAAGCAGCUGCGCGAGCGCCGAGCGGCCUUCGAGCAGCUCCACGCGGCCUUGGAGGCCAACGACGAGCAUGCUCUGGCCCAGGCCGUCGAAGCGGCGCGGAGGGCGGAGGUCGAGGCCGAAGACGUUGCAAAGGCCGAGGCCAAGCUUGUCGAACUGCAGUCAAGGACAGAUGAUGACAGGAAAGCACAGGCUGCACAGAUCCUGCUGUCUGGACAGAAGAAGGAUGCUUUCCAUUACGUCAAGAAGGACAACGUAGAUGCCGUCAAGACUAUCUUGGAGAGCCUGGAUGACACGGUGCGUUGGCAGGACUGGCGCGAUUACUGCGGAAGGACACUGCAAAGCUAUGCCAGAGAAAUGAAAUCUGAUCAGGUGUCGGAAUUCCUCACAUCGAUGGCCAGUACCUCCGAUGCCUCACCAGCCUCGCGGUCGGCGCUUCGCUCGGAGAAGAGCCGCGCCUCCGCCGCGUCCGCCCCGUCCGCCGCCUCCGCAUCCAGCCGGCCGUCCUCGGUGGCUUUGGACGAGGACGACGAGGACGAGACGGAAGCCGAGGUCGGCGUGGAUGGCGAGGAGACUUCGCACCUGGUGGCUCUGACCAACUGCAACAAUGUGGAUCCUCAGGAAGAUUAUUCGGAGGAUUAUUUUCCCUCCAACUGGGUCGAGGAGAAGGUUUCGCACGCUCACAGGCCGAAAGAAGUAACGCGGCAGGUGUCGGAAGCAACCGAGGAGGGCGAGGAGCUAGAGGAGCCUGAGAUUUCUCUCUCACAGGAGGAAGUUGAUGCAUUGAAGAAAGAGGCUUUCCGAAAUGUGGUUCAGAACAAGAUGCAGGAGCUGGAUGACGUGCUGGCGCAGCUGCCCGUUCGGGUAUGGUCGAGCUGGGAAAACAAAGCGGGAAAGGACUUGAUAACCUUGUCACAAGAGCGAGGGUCCAGUGGAGCUUACUGCAUUCUGGCGAAAAGGCUUGGGAUUGUGCAGGAGCUGAAGAAAGAUUCCUUCGAGGAAAGGGAGGAUGUGUGGGUUUUCUUGCCUGGUGAGGUCCAGCCAUUGCGAGCAACUGUUUUGGAGGACACUCCUGAAGAGCAAGAUGAUGUUCUAAUCCAGUAUUGGGAUGGUGAUGAGCCUGAGAAGCGCAUAGAGAAUGAGCCCAUCCUCAUCUAUCCGUCCUGUGCGCUCUGCCGCUGGCACCCGCUCAGAGAGGUCUUGGUUCCGUCCUCUGCUCAUCUCGCCUGGCUCUGCUUUAUCGAUUUCCAGGAUCUGAUCCAAAAGCACCUGAACAAGCCCGCACAACUGCCUCGCUGGCUGGUGAAGCAUCUGGAGUUCGAUGUGCUCAUUGCGCAUGCGCUCUUGGAUGGAGCUGCAAUCUAUUCCCAGGUGCUGACAGCUGAGGUGGCAAGUGAGCUCAGGGAGUAUCAUGCCGGCCUCCUUUGCGCCACCAGCGUGGAUGAGGUCGACGAACCCGCGGAGCUGCAAGUGCCUGCCACUUUCAAGCUGCCAGCGCUUUCUUUGCUACAAGUCACCAACCAGGUGUCUCCUUUCGUGAACUUCCUGACAAGUCAUACGAUCCAGCGACAAGAGCAAAUCGAGCUCUUUAGUGCUUCGAAGAGCCUCAGCAAGGCUGCUGUGCAGCAGCUCUACGACCUCUGUCGCAGCCAGCCGCUGCUGGGUCGUUGCAUCUGCCUCUCGCUCUCACCCCCGGGCUGUGCGGCGGCACUACCCACUGCAAGACGCAUUCAACAAAUGUAUCUGGGCCUAACUGCAGAUGCGCUUCUGCAGUCGUUCAAGUCUGAUGCUUGGCGAUACUUGAAGUUCAUAGAGGUCAACGAUGCUGUUGGCUGCCCCCAGUCUCUGCUUGAGCUGCUUAGCGUUCUGCUGGUCGUCGUUGUCUCUGACGUGCGGCCAACACCGGCGCUACAUGGACGUUUGCAGGCUCUCGUUUCCAUGGCUACUUCGACAGCAAGCCUGUCUACAGUACCGGGGAUCGAGGCCGGCGAUGGCACCGUGUCGACUGGCGCAGGGGGCGAAUGCGAUAUCGGAGAGGUUGCCGUUGCUGCGGCUUCGCGUACUCUGGCGGCAAGCUUCACCCAGGCACUGCCAGCCGAAGGCAGCGCCGCACUGAAGCCCUGGGACCAUCUUCGUCGUUUAGUGGAAGCCAGGCAUCAUUCUUCGCACUUUGGGUCAGCUUCCACGGGGACUGGACAGUCGAUCGCUGGCAGUUCAUCCAGGUCCUCAGCCUUGCACUACUCUUCCCUUCUCAAGCAGAUCAGGGGCGAUGCGCCUCCCGGGGCCGAUGGUAAGCUUGAACGGCCCAGACUCGACCAAGAUGUGGCAGUGGAAGCGCAUGCUCGACUCGACCGGAGCUUGGCAGAGGCAUGGGAGGAGCACAGCCAAGCUCCGCUGGAUUUCGCCCGGAACGCAUUUCUGCACCGAACCAAGAUCUACGAGGCUUUCCUGGCGCACACUUCUGGCACUUCGCACUCUGCGCUGCGACUGUUCAGCAGCCUGGAGGACAAGCUGCUGAGGCUAAAGUCUUCGCAAGCAUCCCUGCCACCUGCGUUUGAGUUGCUUCAGCUGCUGGACCCUGCCACGUACAGCUUCAAGGAGCCACCCAUCACGUUUUGGGAUGCAUACUUCGAGUUCACCAGGGUGGCUGGCACCCACUGUUUAGAAUACGUCAUGGAGACCGCCUCUGGCUUCAUCAAGAAACGUGACUUCUGCACGUCUGCGUGGCUACUGGCCCCCUUCCCGCAGCUCAAGCCAUUGGUCGUGCUGCUUUGCUGGGAGGAGUUCCGCCGCGACGUGGAAAGCCUCCAGCAGCUCCUCGACACCUUGUGGAAGAGCUAUGCGCAGGAAACCCUGCGAGACAGCACCAAGGUGGGCGACCUCCUCGUCGAUUUCUGGGUUGAGGUGCUGAACUAUCGGCUCAGCGCUGCCGGCUGGAUCUCUAAAGUGGUCGUAGAGCAGGCUGCCUCUGUACCUUCCCAGCGGCAGCAAAGGAGACAGGUUCGGCAAGAGCAGCAGAAGAGAUUGAAGGAGCGCAAGCACCGCGAGCAGGAGAUUCGCGAGGAUGACCGGAAUGACUCGCCGGCCGUCGAGCCGGAGGUGCAGGAGACUGUGGAGUCGCAGGUCGAGGUUGCAGCGGAUGUCCUGGACCAAGUCACGUCACACAGCAUUUUGUAUGUCAUGCGUCCAAACCUCCCUUUGGUGGACAGCCGCACGCUGCUUUCCUCCUUGCAUUCGCUGCCCCAGCUUCGACAGGCGCAAGCAGCCCUGGAGCAUUCCUAUGAUCUAGACCUGGCGCGGUGCUACUACACCGUUCGGUGUGCGAUGUAUCUUGUUGAAAGCUGCGUGGAGGGAGGGUCAGAGACUGGAGGCGCAAUGCCCGGCCACAAGGUCAUCGAGGGUGGCAUCCACGAGCUGGACAGUUUGAUCAGCUCUAUCCAACGAGACCACAUGAAGGUUUCUGUCUUCUUGUUCAUCUCUUCCCUCUGCUUCGCCAGGCAUCAUCACCUCUCGUCAUCUCGCACCACACCCAAUGCAGCCCAUGCGGCAAACUUUCUCGUGCCGCCUGGCGUAUUGCUUUCAUUGCUUGUCCUUCUGCGACAUCACCUUCAACCCCUGGCAGCUUCUGGACCGAGUGCUGAGCUUGAGACGAUCCAACAGCUCCAGCUUUUUGCACAGGAGACUAUUUGGCGCAUCUUCAUAUGCCUGAAGGAUUACAUCAUCUAUUCUCAGCUCGCGGUCCCCGGUGGUUUCGUGUCGCUAGCACCUUCGCAGCGCACGGGGGAUCUUGGCAUAGCAGAGGGCACCGCACGGGAGUGGGCUGCGGCGGUGGGGGCGGUCAUCGUUGGAGACAUGGACAAUCUUGGAGGCCUCCAAGGUGCAGCUGCUGAAGGGGCUGCUCGGAAGGGAGUCGCAGGCUUGGAGGUUGCUGGUGAGCUCCAUCCGUUGCGCCAGCUCUGCACCCCCAUGGAGGUGCCCUUAUCACUUCUGCCCUCCACCUUCAUUCCUCGCAUGUUGGCAUGUCCGGCUACGCUGUUGCAGCGCUCCUUGAAGAUGAACGACUAUGCUCUGAGCUGGCAGCUACUGAACCACUUCCCUGCCCUACAAGGAGAUCAUGUUGAAAUGGCCGUUCGGAUUGCAGAACAGUUCAAGGAGCUGCGACAGUUGCUCGAGACUAGAGGCAAGCCGGCUGUGCAGGAAGAGGAGGAGUCUGAGUCCAAGGUUUCCAGCGAUGUAUCGGGGCUGGACCAGCAGCUGGAAGAAGAGUUGGAGGCGUGCUUGGCAAGGCUAGCUGAGACACUUCCCGCCGCUCAAGGUGCGUCGGAGGCGCAGCAUGUGCUAGGUUGGCUAUCACGGCCGCUGCUUGCAUUCUAUGUCCUCGUCGAUCUAGCAGUGUCAGCAGCCCCAUUCAGCCAGAUGAGCACAUUCCUGCUCAAGAAAGCAACGCAUUGGCUGGUUGCCGAGGAAGUGGGCCCUGGCGUUGAACCGGUCGUCGCGGAUGCCAUGCGGAGCUUCUUCCAGACUUGGGUGGAACGGCUUUGUGUCCUGAUUGAAGUCCGUCCAGAGCUACGAGAUCGAGCCUCCCUGGCUUCCAUCAUCCUGGGCAUUGAAACUCUGCCGUCAGAGCCGGCUCUGCUGAAGUCCCACCUCAAUCGCUUGCAUACCCAGCGGCAUGCGAUCCUGUCGCUGGUGGAAAGCGUGGACUUGGUCAAGAAAGGACAGACGUCAGCCUCGCAAAGAACGCUUGUGGACUUCUUGUCAUCGGCCAUUACAUCUCUGAACCGAGAGGAGGAGGACAGUUCCAAGGUGGCAGGAACUGAAGCUGGUGACCGCGAGGAUGCUGUUCAGAUCUCGGAAGGCUUAGGCUCCUCGAGGUACCUCCUGCGCUUUUUGGAGUACCUGGCGAGAGUGGCUGAUCUCAUGCACUCGGCCUCGCAGGAUGCCGGCACGCGAAAACCCAAGAAGACUUCUGUGGAGGCCGUGAGGCGGCGUGAAGCUGUGACACUGACGUUCGAAAGCUCAUCCACUGCUGGAGCUACCGCAGCCGAGACGAACGAGGAGACCAUGGAUGAGGCUGCCGGGGUGACGAAGCUCUUCGACGUCCUUGCUGAGCCGCCCAAGGGCAUUGUUGCCAGACUGCUCUUCGAACUGGGCGGACAUCGCCAGGCAUUGGCUCUCUCAGAAAUCACGAGCAUCGACAUCGUAGAAGUGAUUGUAAAUGCUUCGUUCAAGUGGAGCGAUGGAGAGAGCCAGAACAGCUUGCUGAGCACUCUUCCCAGGUAUCCAAUGUCCAUGGAGGUGGUGCAGUACCUCGCACAGCACGAGAGGGCGCUACCUAGAGUGCGCUGCUCUGAGGCGCCCUUGCUGGCUACAUUGGCUUGCUUGGAGUGCCGUGGCCAGCACUGGCCUUCCUGGCCGAUGCUCCGCUUCGCAAAGGAGCAGAGUCGACGCUUCCCUGCAUUGCAUCGAUGGGUCGAGGAGCGUUGGCACACCUUGCGCGCGAUACGAUGGGCAGAUGCUCGAUCCGAGGGCAAAGACGCUGAGAGCCUUCCGUCAUGUCUGCAGGUGACUGACGAUGCAUCUGAAACCGAAAGUGCGAGAGAGGGUGGUGCAUUUCCAGAUUCUGAAGGCAUCGGAUACACGGAAGAGGAGUUUGCGAAGCUUGAUCCAGAGGACCAACUGGCCCUGCAAGCUGCUGGCGACGAUCAAGAGGCGAGCAUGUCUGCGGCAUUCACGAAGCUGGUGAAUGCUCUCAUCGCCGAAGAGCGCUACGAGGUCGCACUGCAAGCGUGCGACGAGUAUCUACCAGUGGACAGUGACCUCACAGAUCAAGUGCUUCACCUCUACCUCAAGAGUCCUCACGAGCAACCCCCAUCUGGUUCGCACGAGUCUGCCGUGCAUCGUGAGCUCUUGGACCACGAGUGCAUGUACCGUGUGAAGGGCCACACGCUGGCAGCGCAACUAACUCUGGAUAGGUAUAAACGUUGGGAUGUCGAUACGGCAGUGCAGACUCUUUCCAUGUGUCUCCAUCGCAUUGAGAAUGAGCCAAGUGCAGACAGCAAUGAGGCUGGGCGAGCUGCAGCAUUGAAGCAGGAGCUUCGCAGGAUCUUGCAAAGGAUGGUUUCAUUCGAGAAGAUCCUGCAAGUCUCCGACGGACGCUGGCAAGUGUGGCAGGAGAUAGAGGACAUGAGCAAGAUGCAGGUUGGAGAGGCUGUGGAGCAUCUCCUGUCCUUGCAGCAGCAUGACAUGGCUCGCACACUCGCCCAGAUGUAUGGCAUGACAGAUCCCUUGCACUCCCUGGAACUGUCAAGAUUGCACUAUUUGUUCACUACGAAGCAUGACAAGACGAAUGCGGUCAACAGGCUGCUGUCACUGCCACCUUCACAAGCAGUCUCGUUUGCACUGCAGCUCCUGGAUAUGUUCGAUGUCAUUCAGCACCGAGCUCUUCUCUGCCAAAUGCUCUUGAAACAACUCCAGUCCUGGUUGACGCCUGGGGAGGAAGAGCGCUUGCGAGUACUGCUGGCAUCGCUGCAACUUCUGGGUGAAGUUAGUGAGACGAUGCGGCCACAUUUUCUGAAGCUCCUCAGGAAACCGGAACUCAUCGUCGAAAGCCUGCUCAUGAAUGCGCGCGUCGACCUGCUGAAGAAAUUCCUCGAAGAUUUUCCAGAGUAUCGGCACGACGAACUCAUUCUGCGGUACGCACGAAAAGCUUUGGCACUGCAGUCGUCUUCUCAGACUCCAGUUCUGACAGACGACGCAGUCGAGGAAGACGAGAACGACGCGGAGUCAAGAUUGGAAGCUACUGCCUCCCCUGGUCACAGAGCACAUCAGGCUGAGGAUGAAGGCCUUGGCGGUCCAUGGUGCCUCACUGGUUCCUCUCGGAAGGACUUGGAGAUUCGAAGGAGGCAUCACUUCGAAGAGGCACCCAACAGUGGUCUGACAGAACGGAUCCUCGAGCUGUGCUCCGACAGCCCCGACAACGCUGCAGCAUGUUUCCACAUUUGUGACGAGCUUUCCCUUCGACUGUAUGACCUUACGCCAAAGUCCGGUCCAGGGAAGACCCUGGCCACCGCAACACCCUGGCAGCCUGGUACCCCUCUAACAUCUGUCCGGCUCCUGACGUUUUUGAUUCGACGACUGCUGAGCUAUCUCCAAGGAAAGUUUGCAGGCGCCGGGGCAGAGGUUCAGCUGAAGCUCGAGAGAAGUCUGAAGAAUCUUGACUUCAUUCCACGUCUUUGGCAUGUCAGCGGUCGCAAGGUCGGCUUGGCGCAGCUUUGUGACCCGAAGAGUGCUGCGGAGCUUCGGGACGGCCUUGUGGCGGAGGAUCAUCUUGCUCUGGCGCUGGAGCUGUGCAAGCGCUGCAGUGGCGAGCAGCAGAUCUCGAGCAAGGACAAACUUGAUCCUACAGAUGGUUCCUGGCAUAUCUCUGCAGACCCAGUCAGGGAAGCGAAGGCAGUGGCUUUUCAGCGGCUCCGUCGAUUCGAGGAAGCGAGACAGGAGUACAGCAUGACUGACGACACUGUGACUCUCGGAGCUGAACCCCGGGCUACUGAAAGAGCAUUGACUGCAUUCGAGGAUGCAAUGCGAUAUCCACCGCUGUACGACCUGUCUGCUCUGGAACAGCAGCAAAGCAUCUACACGUUCAACUCCUUGCAACGGAAGUUGUACCGCUCGACAGCAACCAUGGCGAGCCUGCCAAUGUUCCUACUUCCAGGCUCUGGUCACGAGAGAGGCAGAGAGCAAGCGCAACAGGAGGUGCCAGUUGUUCCCAUUUCCAAGCCGCCUGACAAAUGGAUCCGACACCAAGGAUCUGGUGGACUGCAGCCUCCGGCGGGCGACAGGACUGUCGACCAGAGUGGUGACGGUUGUGACCGGGAAGGCAACACGGCAGCUGCCAAGGCUGCAAUGCAGCUCACAGCGCUUGAGGACCGACUGCAAGAUGCAGUGUGCAACAUGAGGCAGCGGACCAGGCUGCGCCGUGGUCACGAAGUUGUGUGCAAUCGCUCGACGACAAGCGAGUUCCAGGAAACCACUCUGGCGAAUGCCGUGACCUUCCUUACUCCGCCAAUUCAUCCCGUGGAAAUGUCACGCUGGUCUACCCUCACUGACAUGGUCAGCCUCAGAAAGACGACGAAGGCCCGGCACGCAAGCAAGAUCGAUGCGAUGAGCCUUCCUGGAGACGCUGUGCUCGAAGAACCCAAGCCUUUGGGAGGCCCAGCGCAGCAGUCUGAAGAGAAGAGGGAGAACAAGGAGCGGCUUGAGGAGCCUCCACCGUCCAGUGAAGCUGACCAGGCCUGUGACCCGGUUUUUGAGGAGGAGGAGGAAGCAAGUGUCGCGCCAGAUGUCAGCUACGACAAGCUCACCAUGGACAUGUCCAGCAUAUGCUGUGGCUGCUCUUCCUCUCAGAACUUGCGCAGCCCGAGCAACUUGUGGCCAGAGGAUCGCGAGACCCACAGCAUCAUGCCAGCUAGCCCCAUGGCCUUGCCUUCAGCGGCCCCUUUAUUUUGUGCAUUCAGCUCAUCCUCCGGGCGGUUGAGCACCGCUUCCUUCUACGAGCUCCUGUGUUUUCAGGAAAACUAUGGCUCUGCUGAGUCGCUGAUCUCUCUGCUGGUCCGGGAGCGCCGCCUUGCUCAGGCAUGUCAGUACAUCUUCAAUGAAAAAGCAGACAAGCGCCUGUUUGUGGACGUCGUCGCGCAUCAUUGCCUGGCACACAACCAGUUCCAUGAGUUGCAGAAGGUGAUCCUCGACUUCGACCCCUCACUUCAAAAAGUGCAGGAAUACUUGAACUCCGUCAAGGAAUUUCUGCGCGACAGACGUGCACUGGACUUGCUGUAUUCCUACGAAGUCUUUACCAGGAACUUUGUCAAUGCGGGUUUCCUCGCCAUCUCGCUUUUCGUGCAGUCGUCCACCUGGGAUGCCCGGGUGGGGCACCUCCAAAAUGCAGAAGCUCACCUUGGGUUUGCUCACCGGAAACUCUUGAGCCGAAAGAAGGGGGAGGGGAAGGACGGAACUGGUGAUGGGACUUCAGAGAAUCCCAGCGCCGCAGCGCAGGAGAGCAUGACGGCGUCGGGAGACGCUGUCAGUCUGGAAGCCAAAAUGGGGAUCGCCGACAUCAAGAGGAACCUCGAAACCGUCCGGAUCCAACGCGCCGUCUGCGAGGCGAUGCCCACGAGCAUGCCUCAAAAUGCCGUGCUCUUCGGUGACCUCCCGGCACAGUGCGAGGUUGCAGAGCUCUUGAUGGUCAACGGGCAUUUCAAGCUGGCUCUAAAGGUAAUCGAAUUCCUGGAUUUGCCUGCAGUGGAGCUUUGUAUUCGUGCGUCAAACCAAAUAGCCACACAUCAGGCACGGUGUUCCACUGGUUCCAUCGCACCGGUCGUGAAAUUCUUGGAGGCCAUUCCCAAGCUGCCGCCGGUGGAAUGG